AUGGCUGCAGACGUUAGCUAUGCUGCAUCUCAAAUUGUGUCCACAGAUCGCACCCGUGAUCCGGACUCCGACCAGUUCUCCUUCGUCCCCUUCCUACGCAAGAACUAUGGCUUCGGCCUCGUCAGCGAUGUCCCUGUCUGCAAGGCUUACAGCGAAGGGCAUUGCCCAUUGGGCCCUGCCUGCCCCGAUCGGCACCCGACCCCUUCACGAGUAACCACAUCGACUACCACGGCCUCCGGGUUAGCGCCAUCGACCACUCACGGAUCCCUUGUCUGCAAGCAUUUCCUCAAGGGCCUCUGCAAAAAGGGUAUCAAGUGCGAAUAUCUUCACGAAUACAACCUUCGGCGCAUGCCGGAAUGUCAGUCUUUCUCCCGGUCUGGAUACUGUCCUAACGGGGAUGACUGCUUGUACCAGCACGUUCGCGAGCAGGCCCGCCUCCCCCCAUGCGAACACUACGACCAGGGAUUCUGUCCACUCGGCCCUAUAUGUGCGAAACGGCAUGUCCGUCGGGGUCUUUGUCAAUACUACCUUGCUGGGUUCUGCCCCGAGGGGGCCUCUUGCGCCGAUGCCCAUCCCCGGUGGUCAGAGAACUUGCCCAAGCCAUCGAUACGGGUGGAAAAAACAGAAGAGGAGCUAGAGAACGAGAGGAACCUAAUUCGCGAAGAACAGGAGCGAGAGCGAGAAAGAGAGCGUGAAUGGAGGAGCGAACGUGGCCGCGGAGGGUUUGGAAUGCGCGGCCGGUAUCGUGGCAGAGGGCGAGGGUAA